AUGAACUCUGCCGAUUUAAUGGAGUCAGACGAGAAUAAAAAACUAGGGCCAAAAAGUCGGAGCCAGCAAUUCUAUUCCAAACAAGAUAUUGUGGAACAGUACUGCCUAAGCGAUAAGCAAUUACAAGUAUUAAACAGGGUUAGACAGCCUCCAGCGUUAUUUGGGUGCAUAUCCAGUCACAGAGAGUCGUCUUCUUGUGGUGCUAGGAGCUCACCGAAUCUGUUGACCGCCUGCGUUCGGCGACGAAUACCGAGUGAUGAGAACCUCCAAGACCUGUACAAGCGACUGCCCGCAGACUGCGCUCCAUAUUCACGGUGGUCGAGAUACCAUCACUGCCAUCCUGAUGUAUUCCCCGUGCAUCACUGCCACCAAUCGGACUUGGCCGAAGCACCGCCACCACCACCGUGCCAACGUUCGCCGGCCGCCAGACGCCACAAAUGUUGGCCCCCCGAAGACGAAGGUUGUCCACAUAGGACGUGUCAUCCAACUUGCCACAGACGGGCAACGGGAUUCGAUUGUCCCGAAUUCCAUCCAUGUACGCCACACUAUUUACCUCCUCCUCCACCUCCACCACCACAGCAGCAAUCGACUUCCAGAAUGAGACAUGUCAGUUUUGCCAGAUCACACACUGUGACCUCAUUCGACAAUGUUUCUUUAAAAUCAGCCAACAGUAGCAAAUCGUUAGAAAGACUAAUUGAUGGUAGAAAAGCUCCAGAACCUGUUUCCUCGGUUGAAUCUCCAAAAAUUAUUGUAUUAGAAAAGAUAAAAAGAGCACAAAAGGUUCAAGCUACACAAACAGAUGGAGCAAGAGAUACAAGUCCAGCAACGCCGCAUAAAGUUAAAUCAGUAAUGAAAAAAAAUACACAACAAAAUGAGAUACCGAAAUCGAUUAUCAGGCCAUCGGAACCUCUCAGUAAUGAGAUACUAAUUGACUUUGAGCCCAAAGAUCCUCCUUAUCGGAAGCAAAACAAAACGAUCUUACAUAAAACAGUGUCAGACGGUGAAAUUUUAAUCGGUGAGAUAGCAAGAUGCAGGAGUCGAGAGGAUGUAGAGGCAUCGGUGUCUGAUGGUGAACAAUGCUACAAAAAUUUGGUGGCUGCUUCUUGUACUGUUGAAGAUUCUUUGGAGAAUUUUCACGAAAACGAAAGCAUUCUUUGUGAAGGAAUUUACAAGUCUAAAAGUAGUGUUUGUUUAUCUGAGUCACCAAAUAAAUAUAGAGCAAAAACGCCGUCGUCUUCAAACGAACAAGAACCAAGUGAUCUAUCUCAAACUACUGUCUUGCAGUGUGAAAGUUUAUCCAAGAAAACAAAACUAAAAGAAGAUAACUUGUGUGAUGUAGUACAAAAGAAGAUAAUAAGAUACACCGAUCUUCCAUUGAAAUCUUCAGACCUGAUUGAACAAGGAAAUGGUCCAAACACUUUAGGAACUAAUUGCUCGACGGCGGUGGAACCGUCUGAAGUUUCAACUUCUACUGAAGAUUAUGUAACAGCUACAGACAGUGCUUCUUACACCACUACCCCAACUCAAGGUCCGUCAGUUACAAGUAGUUCAUUUGACAGUGAAUCUUCUAAAUACAGUUUGCCUCAUCCUAUGUUUGAUCACGACACUACCCUAGAUCCAACUGACCCAAUUGAUGAAGAACUCGGGGACGGCGAAGACUCAAGUGAUGACGAAAGCAGUACAUCCGGAAGUUACAGCGUGAAGUGCAGUAUAGAUGAUAAUAGGAGUUCUGGUUCAUCAGACGAGAAUACAAGAAUAAGACCGAAAUCCAUCUUAAAAUUGGCUAAGUCCAUACCAAAUAGCAAACCAAAAUCUUUAGAAGAAUCAAAUAAGUUGAAUAAUCCAGAUCUAAUAUCAAGUAAUCGUAUAACAUCCAAAUGCCAUACAGAUGAUACUAAUUCCAAUUUAAUUAAGAAGUUGAUGGGCAACGGUUUUGCGACUAAAAUAUCACAACCUGUCUAUUCUUCUGACGAGUCUUCAAAAGCGCCAGAACGACGUAGAAGGCCAAGCCCUAGACGAAAAAGUAUAGGAGCUGUAACAAUAAUUAACUCUAUUGAUAAGAAACCUUCGGUAAUAAAUAAACCAGAAAAACGAAGGGAGUCGCUUCCCGAAAUUCUUAGAAAACCACAAAUAACUCUAGAUACUAUGGAAAAAUCAAAAACCGAAUUUCAGCUAGAAGACAAACCUAAAUGUUCAUUACAAACAAAGUCGUCCCAAAUGAAUUAUUUAUCUCAAAUUAAUAAUUUGAACUUGAAGACAGUGAGCGCAGAAUCUCUGCGUUCUAUUAGCCCAGGAAGUGAUUCAGUUUUCUACAGUGAACCAUGCAGUAGGGUAUCAUUAUUAUCUAGAUGUACACUAUGUAAUACCGAAGUUGAUGUAGAUUAUACUAGUAAUACGAAUAGUGAUAUCAUAAAUAUUGUUAAGCCACCUGAAGGUUUUGGGGAUUCUCCAGAAGAACCCCCUAACACGCCUAUAAAACGAUUGACCAAACGAUAUCGUUCAGAAGAUAGAAGAAGAAACACUAGAUCAGAACAGACUCGAGCUAAGUCUGAAGAAAGAGUAAAACAUACAAAAGAAAAAGGGAGGCCAAUGACUAGAUCGACCAAUGUAAGUAUGGAAAGAUUAAAUGGAAGUAGUUCUAGCCUUCAUUCAGAUGACGAUGAUUGGUCUGGCGUCUAUACAACACCGUUUACAUCUUUCUCGUGGGUAUACAUUGACGAAAUAGAAGAGUUCUAUGUAUGGAAAAAGCCUUCGGAUUUGCCAGACAUUAAAUGUUCCCCUGAGUUAAAACGAAGAGAUUCAAUUGAAUCUACAUGUUCAGAGCACGAGUUCCGAGUAAAAUACCAAACAAUCACGCACAGGAUGGUACACAGAAAAUCGAGUUUAGAAAUGUUCAAAAGAAUCGCUUCAAAAUCGUUCGAUAGCGACGAACGCUUAAUGGUAAAACGCGAAUCUGGAGAGUUCGGUUUUCGUAUUCAUGGGGCUAAGCCGGUCGUAGUGUCCGCAAUUGAAACGGGAACAGCUGCAGAAAACUCUGGUCUCCAAGUGGGUGACAUAAUUAUCAGCAUCAAUGAUAUGUGCGUUCUCGAUGCGUCACACUCGGAAUUUGUCAAUGUUGCACAUAGUGGUUCUGACGUCUUGGAAUUGGAAGUCGCCAGGACCUGUGAUAUCCUAACACCAGUGAUCGAUCCGUCCACAAUUGAAGACCGCAUUGUUAUAGCCAGUAAACUGUGGAAAUUUAGCAUCGGAACGAAAAAAAUGAAAAAUUGUUGGCAGCCCAGAUAUUUUUGUCUCAAGACCGAUAAUUGUCUCUACUAUUAUAAGUCUGCGUCUUUGAAACGAGACAGACAUCCUCUGGGAGCACUGAAUCUCAAAGGUUUCACCGUAAUGCAGACAUCGGACACGGGAAGAAUGUACAGCUUCCGACUGGAAAGAAAAGACCACAAAAAAACAAGGUUACACAUAGCAGCGAACAGUGCAGAAAACGCGGACCGCUGGAUCGGAGCGCUCAACGAAGCUACCAAAUCUCCAUCGAUGGAAUGGCUGGACGAAGAUAACUUGAAAUCUGUGGUCACCAUCGAUCCGCAAUCGGACUGCCAGGGUUUCCUCUCCACGUUGGUACACCACUGUGGAAAAUCGUGGAAAAAAUACUACUGCGUUCUUAAAGGGGCUAGGCUGUAUUUUUUCGUAGACAGCGUAACCCGAUUUGCCAACGGAAUGGCUUGUCUCCACGGUUACAAAGUGCAAAGUUCCGUUAACGCUAGCGUAAGGAAAUUUGCGUUCGAGCUUAUACCACCCGACUUGUCAUUUAGAUAUUUUUAUUUUUAUACAGACACCGAGGUAGACAAAAGAAGAUGGAUAGCUGCUCUAGAGUAUAGCAUAGAUCGUUGGAUAAACGUUUCAUGA